UAGCCUGGGACCUCGGGAGCCGCGUCCGAGCAGACUAGGCCUGGUCCAGCCAGGCAAUGGCUCUGAGACUGUCGUUCGACUUGGGCCGCUCUUUAGUCCCCGUAGUGGGACAAACCAGGCCAGUUUUUCUGCACAGCUCUUUGGGAAGUACUAACGUUAGCACAGAAGGAAAUGCUGCAUUUACCAAGCAACCUCUUAAGAAACCAAAAUUGCCGGUAGGCCGUUUUGAUGAGUCAGAAGCAUCUAGUACAGAGAAGGAGCCAUUAGAAAAAUUUCCAGAUGACAUCAAUCCUGUUACUAAAGAGAAGGGAGGACCCAAAGGCCCUGAACCUACGCGUUAUGGAGACUGGGAACGGAAAGGACGUUGUAUUGAUUUUUAAAGGGCCCCAUACUUUAACAUUACUGAUAUUUGGAUAGAGGUAAAACUGAUGAAGAAAUAUCACCCAGAUGAGGCAAACUUCCUUUCUGCUUUUAUGUGCAGUAAAGUGCCAUAUUUCCAGGAUUUAUUUAAUUACAUUUGAGAGGGAUACUUUCUGGGGAUAAAUAUAUGUUAAGGUACAAUGGUGUGUUUGCCUUCUUUGACUAACCUUGGAGGAAGUCCUGUGGGAUUUAACUCUAUGUAAGACUUUAAAGACUGAUCCAUGUGACCAAACCUUUUCAGUAAUGCAGAUUGCAGAGUUAAUGUCAAAUAAAAUCUAUGUUUGUUACUUACAGUCUAAUGUGAGGUAAAGCAAUUGAUUGACUGCUCUCUUUAUAGUGUUAUGAAGCAGGUAACAUUUCCCACUUAAUGGGUAAAACACAGUUUAGGCAUCUGAUGGAGGAAAUUGCUGCUAUUCAUCUGACUAUAAAGCAUUUUCAAGUGCCACGUUUAUACCAUUUUUAGAUGUUUGAACUGAACACACUGAAUACUGUGCAAUGGUAUUCCCUGAAUAUUAUCCACAAUUCAUAUUUACGUACUUUUUCAUUUUAGAUUGUUAAUUGUUUAACCAGUAAUUUAUUGUGAUUCUCCUACCCCUAAUAUAUUUUUCCAUUGGUCCCAAUGCUGAAUAAAUUGCUUUUCCGUCUCUCUGGAAGAAA